UUAUCUAGGACAUGUUGACUUUGUACUGCAGUCAAACUUUAUUAAGUACCAACCUUCAUUGCAAAAUUGUUUGUAAGUAUAUUAACAGCACUUGGCUGAAUUUCUUUAACAAAACAUUGGAAGUGUGCAGUUGUAACUGUCAGAUAUGUGUGCUGCAAGUACUAAGUGUUGACAGUUUAAACUGAAUUUUCUGCCGCCGGUGAAGAGCUGAAGACUCGCUGCUGUUAAGUGUUUAUGCUAUAUUGUAUGUCGUCACCACACGUGUGAGAUCUGUCACUCUGGGAUGUUGAGGUUUCUGUGUGAAGGAGGAGAAGUAUGUUCAAAGCAGGAAGAAAUUCUGCUUUCCGGUUGGUGAACUGAGGUCUUUAUUCGAGGUGUGUAAUGGACUUAUCUUCUCAUAAUGUGAGUGGGCUGUAUUGGUCCGAGGGAUGUUCGUUUUCUCUUUAGACAAAGCCAUGAUGUGAUGUUGUGAUCACUCCAGCGUUAUGGGGUCAACCCCACCAGAAAAAUACAAGUAUCGUCAUCUCCAGAACUUUCUUCACUCACGACCCAUUCUGGUCGGAAACACUCAUACAGUUGAUAUUUUGAAGGGCCCCACCGGGAAACUCGGAAUCAAACUUAAAGUUCUGAGUAUUGGUGAAUCGGAAACAUUCUGCAUUGUAACUCACAUUAAACCAGAGUGUCAACUGCUCAACAAUUCACGUCUUACGCAGUUCGAGUGUGUUCUCCAUGUUAAUGGUAAUGAAGUCAGUGGACUGUCCGAAGACCAGCUGUUCGGUCUGAUUGACUCCAUCCAGAGCAACAUUGUUACAUUAAUUGUCUAUGAUGUCCUAAAGUAUUCAACAGAAUCGCAGAGGUCACUGAGCUCUGAGAACUACAAGAGAACGCGAUCUCAGCUGUCAAACUCGAGCGAGUCGUCCAACUCUAUGGAAGUCAGAAAGAAACUGAGUGGGAUGAAACGGAUGAUCAAGUCCAACAGUGUCGAGAAUGAUGAAAAGGAAUCCAGCGAGCAUGACUCGCUACUCGCCGGAGAACAGAGACAGGUCUCACAGGUGGAACAGCACUUCAAUACCACAAGUUGUUACGAGGAGAAAGUGUGCUCACUGCCAGUGAUGACUGAACAUUACGCUAAUAACCAGCAAGAACAGUGUCAAUCGUUGCCGGAAGUCUCCCGGAUUUGUAAAGAGUGUAGAAACAAUAACUGUACUGGACAGAAUCAUGUGAUGGCGGUCAGUAAGGGAAGCAACUCCUGGGCAAAGUCGGUGGGGUUUAUUGGAAGUUAUGAAGACCUGUUUAAAUACCCACAUAGGGUCAAGUGGGACUGUUCCACUAAAGUUGUGGAAUUAAAAACGUCCUCCCAGGGGAAGUUUGGUUUUUCAUACAAGGUCAAAGAAUUCAAGAAUAGCACAGAUGAUUGGUACACGCUCGUUACCCAGGUAACACAGGGUGGUCCGGCUGAUGGCAGGUUAAUGGUGGGUGACUGGAUACGCUCCAUUGAUGGCCAUGCUCUUGUUAAUCCCAAUGAGGCACUUCUCCUUGAGAAGAAACUGGAGAAGCUGAAGGAGGUGAGGAUUGUGUUCCAGCGGCCAGAAGGAAUGUUACCCAGGCACAAGACAUUUCAGUCUAGUCAGCGCCAGGAGACCAUUGAGACUAACCCCCCACACUCCCCCACCUGUACCCCGACCGUGAUAACCGACAUCACCGGACAUCCGGUCAAAUCUAACGUCCCUCUCCCCGGGAGCUGCUCCCCACUCAGUAGUAAGAUAGGUGGAAGGUCCGAUGGCUACAGUCGGCAAACCAGUGCUGUAUCGCAGUCAUCGGCUCUCAGCACAGGAAGCUGUGAAACACGACACAUAAAGCCUAAGGGAUCGCUUCUGGAUCCCAGCAGUCUGUUUACGGUGCAAUCCCUACGUCCUGUUUCACCCGGUGCAAGAGUAGAGCAGGUCCAGAUUUUUGUCCCCGGAUUGCAGCCAAUGGAUAGUUCAGCGGGAGGUCUAGAGGAUUUUCAGAUGAAAGUGAGGUUUCCCAAAGUUAGAAUUUUUAUCUGUGGCACCAAUGCCAAGCAGCUGUCCCAGCUACUGUUACCCAAUUUCUUGCUGCCUGUGGACAACACGCUCAGAUUGUUUGACCGAGUGUGUGCAACCAUGGUGAUGGAAAGGUCGGGCGAGGUGGGAUUUGAAAAGUGGUCCCAGUACGACCGACUUCUACAAAAUGAUGAGCGAGCACGGCACGCCAGCAAUGAUUCACUCAGCCACUAUGAUAUUAGCACAGACACAUCGUAUGGUGGGAAUCUCAACUGUGGAGCGAUUAACACGGAAAUUUUUAUUGUUUAUGAUGAAAAAUUCUUCCUUCAGUGUUGUCCUUAUUUGUUUACGAGAACCAGCGUGUUUCUGUUGACGUUUGACGGGGAUAAGAUGAUGAAGUCUCCACCCAGUGAGAUUCACAGACUACAGAAUAUGAUUCACACCAUUCGCGGAGUAGCAGGAUACGAGUGUCUCGUUCAGAAUUACGGAAUUCUGGGAACUGAUUCAUCAGACUCAGCAUCGACAGCCUCCAUUGAUGAAGUCUGCACAUUAUUCUACACAUCUCAUGGCUAUCAAGUUGUGAAAUAUAAUGUUCCACAGCAUCCACAGUUGUUCCACAUGGCGAACGGGGCUAAGCCUGAUGUGGAUGUACAGACGAGUGUGUGGAAAUUCAUUAGUGAGAUUCAGGAGAAACAACACAUCCUUCUGAUCUCCAUGGCGAUGAUUCAUCAGCUUGAUCUGCGGAGACAGAGUGAGGUGGUGUGCAUUGAGGAGGAGGAUUUUACUGCAAUGUUCCAGGAAAUAGUUCCAGGGGUGGAUCUAGGAAUCAGACAGGUGGUGUGGAUCGAACUGCUGGACAUUGGAGAAAUCCUGUCAAGUAAAGCUUCACUGCUCCCUGUGUCCAGCAUUAGCCAGCUAGACAAACUUCUGUUUGUAAGACCGGAUGUCCUAUUGGAUAGAAUUCACCAAUUACAGACGGUCUCCCCAAGAAUCAUCCAAUCAAAUGAUGGCAUUAAACAAAUCUGGCUAAAACUCAUUGCUACAGGUUUUAUCUCACAAUCUGAUUGGUCAGAAAUUUGUCCGCAAACAGACCUUUAUUCAAUGACCAACACGAAGCUACAUCUCAGCCCAGAAAAAGUCCUGCUCCUACUGCAGGCUUUUGGAUUGACCUACAGACAAGAGGCCAUUGAUGGCAGCCAUUACUUCAUUCCAUGUUUUAUUCCGGAGCCUGUGUAUUCAGAGACAUCGGAGAAUGUGACAGGAUGCCUGUAUUUUCAGCUCCGAGGAAACCCACCGCACAUAUCUAGUAUGAUUUAUUUUCAUCUUGUGUUCCGAUUGAACAAUGCCAGUGACACCCGCUACUUAGCAGUGACUAACAACUCUAUCUGUGUGAUUCACCAUGCUGGCUACGAGCUCACACUGAUCCACGAAAAACUCCGCGACAGGAUUCAGAUACAGCUGAUCAGAGUAGAGAAGACUGUACGACUGCAUGCAGUUUUAGAUUGGCUAACCGAGGUCUGCAAAUCAAGCCUAUGGUCGGAGGUCAAAUACGUGUUAGGUCCGGCAUGCCCUUUACAAGAGAAGUGCAGCUAUGCCCAGCACACCCGCAAGAACUCUGGGGAAUUGCACGUUAUUGACCUGGCGGAGGGGCUUCCCAUUUCCUGUGGCAACAUUAAGGUCGACAAUCAGGUGAAGGUCUGGCUCAAGCCCUCAAAGAAGCAACAGACAGGACGACAUGAAGCUCUGACCCACCAGGACACAGAGACAGGAUCUAAUGCAAGCUUCAAGUCCUUCGAGUCCCCCGGGCCUGCCCCCAUGUACAUCAAAUCCCUUCCCUACAAUGUGUUUAGAGAUGUGUAUGAGAACCUUCAAAUCAAUGUAAAUGGGGACUGGAAAUGUUUAGCAGGACUGCUUGGGUUCACCCUGGGAGAGAUAAUGGUAUAUGAAUCAAAACCAGAACCAGCAAAACUGCUAUUGAUAGACCUGGACCAGACGCGGAGAAUGACGGUCAAACAGCUGGUGGAUGUCCUAGCCCAACCAGAAAUGCAGCGACAAGACAUCAUUGAUAAACUAUCCAAAUUCUUGAAUGGAGCUUGAUUGAUGCAGUUUCUUAUUUACUGAAACAGACACCGGGAGGUUGUCAGUACUGUUUAGCUGCUCUAGAGGGUUUUCCAUUCAGCAAGUGAUACGGAGCACUAAGAAAAUAUUUAGAAACUGUGACACAAUUCUGCUGGAUUUAUGGAGUAGGUGACACAGACAACACAACCCAAAGACACAGAGAGGACAGUCUGUAGAUUCAGAUUCUCUCAAAUCAGCUCAAUCUUUGGAGAUAUUUUCAUUCAUGGGACGUGUUCAUUGCCCGAGCUUUCUGACCACACCCUCAGAACACCGUAGUGUAUCCACGGAAACCAAGAAAUGUUGGAUACUCGGUGUAAUUAUCAAUUUAUUAAGUUUAAUAUAUUUUUGAUGUAUUUCAGCUUCCUGUCAAACAUGCAUGUGCACCACCAGUAGUCGAUAAAAGAGUGUAUUCUAUAGACAGCAUAUUCAGCUAACUAGGGUAGUGUAUUCACAGUUCAUUGAAAUUUGUAUUGACUUUAUAUAUAUAUUUCUAAUAUAGACAGUAUUGGAAGGUAAUCUAGUUCUCCUUUGUGGGACAAAAGGCCAUUGGGCAAGCUAGCGCUGUGAUUGUAUUGAGACAAGACUAGAUCACAGUCCAUUCCACGGCUGUGUACACAACAAAACGUAUCGAGAUGCACUAACUGCAAUGACAUAUUUUGGGAUUAUGCGUGCGUGCAGUAUGACUGCAUGGCAUGUUGUUAUAUAUACGUAGCUGCUAGGACAGAGAUUUCUUCUAUACAUGUCGCAGUGUAUCAUUCUUAAAUUGUUGGUUUUUCAGUUUUUAUUAUUAAUUACUCUAAUAUUUCUAUUAAUCAAGUUAUAUUAUAGAGGGAAUUGUAAAUUUCCAUAUUUCAUGAAUGGGUGGUAUUGUUAUGGUGCUGUCCAUGCGUCUUUUUGUCAGAAUGGGGUCAAAAUGCACCAAUUUUUUUCCUUAUAUAACUGGUACCGAUAAACGGUACCAUUCCCAAUGCCAAAAACCAUUGAUUUUUUCCCAAUUUUGAGACAAAAAAAAUCCCAAUUUACUUUCCGAAAAGUAGACCGCUGACAUCGUAAUUUACUUAGUCUGAAUCGUUGUACAAGUUAACUAAAAUGUCCACUUCUGGUAUUAAAUCGAAAGUACAGAUCAUGGCAGUGUGCGUGUUUUAUAGAACUAUGACGAUUCUAAAAUGAGCCUAAGAUGAUUCCUUAUGUCUCACAACAGCAAAUAUUAGCAUAAAAAAGUUUGUAAAGAGAUGACUACUUCUGGUUUUGUUCUUUUUUUUUCUUUUCUUUUAGUUGAAAUUAUUUGCCGAUACAUUGGCAGAGAAUUCCCAAUUUGUUCGAUUUUGACGCUAUUUUUCCCAAUUGAAUGGGUACCAGUACCAAUACCAGUGGGUAGAAAAUAGUUGCUGAAAUGUUGCAUGUAUCUGUCAAAUUUUGCAAAUCUGAACUUUUGUUGCUGAACUACAUGUAUUCGAUAAAUAAUUUCUCAUUUCAUGAAGUUUUUUUUUUACAAUAAAAAAACCUGCUAAAUUGCUAGAUACUUAUCUCCAAACAAAAUACUUAAAUCUAUGGUAUAAAUCUUAAGCUUCAUCAUACUUUGUUCAGUGUAAGACUUACUGAGUGCUAACAACAUACAUUCCAUAUUGAUUGUGAUAUAUACACAUUCCACGGUUAUGUGGCUUCAGAACACAGAUUUCUACAUGGGAAGGACUUUAUUUUUAUGUGCUGUAUAGGGGAAGGGAGGGGGGGGGGGAUUUAUGCUAAUUAUGUGGUCACGUAAUAAGAGUGUAAAUUUCCCCAUGCGUAUUGGUAUAUAUUUGAUAUAAUAUAUAUUAUAUUCAGUUACCAUGUAUCCCCCCCCCCCCCCCCCCCCCCCCCCCCGCAUAAUGUUGGCCAUGUAAAAAUGCAUACUUAACCCCCAGCGUAAACAACCACUUUUACAGUUAUGUAUUGCCUGCAGGACAAUCAAUCUAAGAUAGAUUUAUAUUGCAUAUUUUCAUAAUGUUUUGUGUAGAAAAAUGGAUAGCAAGGUCAAAAGUUCAACUCUACACACAGAUUAAAUAUAACAUUUAUUUUGUAUCGAUAUUUAAGACAAAAACUUCUGAGAAAACAUGGAUUUCUGACAAUUCAUUGUUUGGAAUGUGCAGUUGUGAUGUCGACUAUUGCAUUAAGAUUUUAUCACUUUGAUAAAUAUUACUUGUAUUUUCUAUUACAUACAUUUCAUGACAUUUGUAAACAAUUCAUAUAUAUGGCCACUUACAAACAACAAAAUAUUCCUUUUCUAACUUGAUUUCUUUGCUUGCAUGUGAGCAUGUGUCAUCUUACUUUGGAAAAUGUCACAGAUUUGGCUGAUUUUUUUUAAAGAUCUGGCUACAAUGUGAAAUUACCAUUGUACUUAUGAGGUUACAUACUUUAUUGAAUCAAAUAUGUGUCUGGACAUCUGUGAACAUAUUAGGGCAAACAGGCCUUUUUACUGCCUGCCCUCUUUGUAACUAAAGUUACACAUGCAUAAAGAGAAAGAAAGAAAAGGAAGCUGUAAUGCAUUACAUAAUGGAAGCAGAGAGUAGAUGCCAUGGAAUCAUAUUGAUAGAAUUCCAUUUUGAUACCAUCUUUCUUACUAAAGAAGGAAAAAUCACAAGUGAGAUACAGGCCACCCUUACCACACGUUCUGUUGCAUUGUUUAGGCUGACAUAUGACUAUUAAGCAACGUAUACAUUGUUAUUGAAUUGUACUGAAGCGACAUACAUUUGUACUGCGUUGUUCAGUAUUAACUGCUAUUUCCUGGUGUGUCAUCGCGUUAAGUGUUUAUUUUAUACAUAAAUUUUGUGUGUUUUCAUUGUUUUCCUAUAAAGAGUGUUUUUGUUUAACCUAUAAUUAUGUAUUUAAACUCUGGAAAGAUGGCUUUGAAAUGAAGAACAACUGCAGCUAGACAUUUUUAACACAUACAGUCAUCUAAGUUUAUAAAUAACACAAAAAUGGAGUGAAAUCAAAGCUGUAUAGUAAUUCAUCUUUAUUAGCAUUUUGACUGUCAUAGUUGAUAAGUAGAACUCUGUUGCACUUGUAUAUUUUUAAACUGAAUACACAUGUAACUUUUUUAAUUGUGCAUCUAUAUAGUAUAAUCCAUUCUAUUUCUUCACUAUAGUUAAUCAAAGUAUUUUAUUAAAAUUAUUAUAUAGAAAUUGUAUGAAUAACAAAUUAAAUUUGCUAUUACAGUUGAAUUUUGAGACAAUCAAUACUUUUUAACAAAGAAGCAGUGGAUUUCGAUGUUUUUCUAUGAUAUUUCAUCUCCGAAUACUCAUUUAAUUUACUAAAUUUUGUGUCCACCCACUUCAGGUUUACAUAACAGCAACAGAUCAUUCUUUAGGAAGUAUACAUGUAUGGAUAUUUGAUAAACAUUUGUACCCACCAUAUAGGUACACAAACAUCUUUAGGAUCUCAUUGGUAUGAAAUAGCCUGACAAAGGGAAACAACUGUUGGGCGACUUGGAAAUUGUCUAUUCUCAGUCAUCAACUGGUUCAUGUCAAGGAAGUGAUAUUGGAACUUGUGUUUGUAUGAAUAUUUUUAAUUAUAAUUGUCUAUUACAUUAUUUGCAUGUUUUACACUCUAGGCUAUGAUAUUUGUGCAUUAAAGUUGCGCUCAUUAUGAAGUGAAUACAUGUAUUUCCAUAUUUAAAAUGGAAUAAAUGUUUAAACAAACAAAA